AUGAAUAAAAUCAGGCAAGAGAUAACUCCUUUUGAAAAGGAGAUAAUUCUUUAUCAAUAAACAAGUAAGGUAAGAUUGAUAUCAUCUUAGAGUUUGAAAUCAAUUAAGGAUAGUACUAAGCAAUUAUAUGUUGUUUCCAAAUAGUGGCUUCGCUAAUGGAAAUAUUACGUUGACUAUAUAUAAGGGAUUGCUCAAAACGAGAAGAGAGAGAAGGUACAAUAUAAAUUAAUGAAUUAGCCUGGGGCAUUGAAUUGCGAUUUGUAUAGUAAAGAGAAUUUUCUAUUAAAAUAUCCUAUGGAUGAUUCCUUCAAUUAAAAAAUUAUAAAAUUAUAUCCCGAAGAUUUUGUUUUGGUAGGAUAUUAUUAAUAUUAUGUCAGGUUAAUAAACUAAUGAUUGAUGUCUGGGGAAUUGAGUAUGGUGUUGGUAUGACUAUACCAAGAAAUGUAUAUUUCAAUUAAUAAGGUGUUCCUUCUUUAAAUGUAAACUUAUUAAGAGUAACAUCAAUAAUUAAAUUAGUAAUCUGUAUACUUGAAUGUAUUUCACCCUCAAAGAGGAGUUCUAUAGGUAGAUGAAGACUGCAUCAUAAAAAAUUGGAUAUAUCUAUUGUUUUUGGCAAUAAAAAAUGAAUUUGAAAUUAACCUUGAAUAGAUAAGAUUAUGGAAACAUAAGCAUUUUUAAGCUGAUUAUGCUAUUAAAUAGUUGCAGAAACAUUAGGGAUAUUUCAAUGGAGAAAUUUUAAAUGAAAAUCUUACUGUCGGAACUUAUGAUGCAGAUUUAAUAAUUAUUGACAUAUAAAUAAAUGGAAAAUGGUAAUAUGAUUAAUUGGAUAGAAAAGUAUUAUUCAUAAAGAUUUUAGAUUUCUUGUUCUGAGGAUUUUAAACAUGUUUACGAUAAAGCAUCCAAAGGAUGUGGUAAAUUUAUUUGUGAUAGGAAUUAUUGUAAAAGUAAUCCUAUAUUUUCUUAAAUUGGAUUUGAUAAGACAUCUCUAUAAUAAUAUUUAAUUGAAUAGUUUAAGUAGGAUACCAUAGAUUGGACAACUGUGUGUUGGAAUUAGAUUAUUGAAUUAAAGCCUAUUCAAUAAUUACAGGAAGAUAUAAUUGUUACUUUAAGUGAAUUGUCUAAUUUUCCAAAUAGUUUUGGAGCAUCUUUUAUUCUAAGCUUUAAUAAUUGCUAUGAUGUUAUUAAUUAUAAAAAUUCAAAUCCAGAAUUGAAUUUAUCAGCCAUUUAAUAGGUGAAUGAUGCUUUAGAAACAAAAACUCUAAGAUAAUGGGUGGACAAUUUGGUUUCAAAUUACAAAUAAAAUAUUUAUUUUGUAAGAGCUAUUAUUCUCAUUAUGCAUUUUAAAUGCUUCUAUGAUUUAUUAUAUUCAGAAGAGAAUAGAAUAAUAGAAGUAUUUCUAAUUUUAAGUAAAGAACAUAAGGAGCUUCUAUCAAAUUAUCUUAUAGUUUUACCUGAUGAAUAUUUUAUCAGAUAUACUUAGACAAUUAUAGAAGUUUUGGGAAUUUUCUUAAAUUAGCAAUCUAUGAAGCACAUACCAUUACUAAAAAAAACAGAAAUCCAAUUUGUUCAAUCAAUGCUUGAACUUUUAUAAGUAUUUUAUAAUUCUAAUAAAAUCCAUAAAAGAUUAAAUCUAACUAGAUUUCAAAUAGCAGAAAUUGCUAAAUUGUAUCCGAAAUAUGGCAAUUAAUUAGAAUACAUUUAAUUAGAUAGUUAUAUCAAAUAAGACUUAGAAAGAUAGUAUUUUACUUUUUGUCAAUAUCCAUGGGUGAUACCAUUGGAAUUCAAAAGUGAAAUUCUAGCCAUCGAUUCUAAAAUUAAUUAAAAGAGCUAAUUUGAAAGUUCUUUAAUGUUAUAUUAACCAUUUUUAUAAUUGAUGAUUGAUCGUAAUGAUGUUGUAACUAGUGCUUUAGUAUCACUAUCAAGAAAGGAUAUUAAUUUAAAGGCUUAACUUUAGGUUGUAUUUUAAGCAGAACAAGGUAUCGAUUAAGGUGGGUUAGCAAGAGAAUUCUUCUCUUUAUUAACAUAAAAGCUAUUUGAUUAAAAUUUUGGAAUGUUUGUUCCAAAAAAUAAUAACUCAAUAUUAUGGUUUAAUAAACAUAAUAUGGAAAUGCCUAUUAAAUAUGAGUUGAUUGGCACGAUUUUAGGAUUGGCUUUGUAUAAUCAAGGUAUAAAUUAAAUUAAUUAGUGUGCUUGGAUCUCUAAUUUCCAGAAGUCAUUUUUAAAAAAUUGAUGAAUGAACCCACUUGCCUUGAAGAUUUGAAAGAGUUAGAUCUUGAAGUUUAUAAAGGACUCAAUGCACUUGCUGAAUAUGAAUAAGAUAAUAUAGAGGAGGCCUUUGCUUUGAAUUUUACUAUUUCUGAGGCUAUACGGGAUAAAAUUGUAAAUGUGGAAUUGCUUGUAUAAUUUAUUGUAUUUAUAUUUAGCCUAAUGGAACUAAAAUAACGGUAACCCAAUAGAAUAAGCAUGAAUAUAUAAGAUUAUGCACUAAUUAUUAUUUAAAUGAAUCAAUUGAAAUACCAUUUAAUUCUUUUAAAAAAGGAUUUUGGAGGGUGGUUGAAGGAAAUGGAAUUAAAUUAUUUUCAGGCUCAGAAUUACAAUAAUUAAUAGUUGGAUAAAAACAUUUAAAUCUUAAGGAAUUAGAGAAUUCAACGGAGUAUGAUGGGUUCGAUUACAAUUCUGAAUAUAUAAAGUAAACUUUAUGAUUUAUGUUUAGAUAAUUUUGGACAUUUUUACAAACAUUAAAUGAAGAAUAAUAAAAAAGAUUUUUGUUUUUUUGCACUGGGUCAGAUAGAAUUCCUAUAGGUGGUUUAAAAUCAUUAAAAUUUUUAAUUUAAAAACAUGGAGACAGUAUUGUUGAUUUAUAUUACUUAAGAUUCUGAAUAAUUGCCAUCAGCUCAUACCUGUUUUAAUGUAUUUUUACUGCCAUAGUAUGAUUCAAUAGAUAAAAUGAUAAUGAAACUCCAAAUAGCAUUAUAAAAUUGUGAAGGAUUUGGAUUGAUGUGA